ACUGCGAGCUGAGUGGCAGGUGCGCGCGUGCCUCCUCUCUGCCCGUCCAGUCGGUUCGCACGAGGCGCCCGGUUCGCGUUUUCUCCAUCACCGGAGCGCGUUUCCUCCAUCAGCUCUUCUGUUAUCUCCGAUAACUUUCACCGUGUUUUCUCCGUUUAUAUUAACGAUAUACUCUUUUAUUUAUUUAUUUAUUUAUUUAUUUAUUUAAUUAUUUAUUUAUUUAAUUAUUUAAUUUAAAUAAGAAUAAAUAAAGAAAACAAACCCCCGAGCUAUUUAGGGUUUAUUUUAGGACAAAGGAGAAAAGUAAUGCUGAAUGUUCCCGCGGGGCUGUGAGGAGAUUGUUUCCUUGGAUUUGUGGCGUUAACAUCAUCAGGAGCAUCAUCAGGAACAUCAUCAGGAGCAUCAUCAGGAGCAUCAUCAGCACCAUCAUCAGGAGCAUCCUCAGGAGCAUCCUCAGGAGCAUCAUCAUGGACGUCCUGGCCAACUACAGCAUCUUCCAGGAGCUCCAGCUCGUGCACGACACCGGCUAUUUCUCCGCUCUGCCGUCUCUUGAGGAAAACUGGCAGCAGACGUGUCUAGAGCUAGAGCGCUACCUUCAGACGGAACCCAAGCGACUAUCAGAGCUUUUCGAAAAUGAACUGGACCGUUUGCUCUGUCCAGACUUCAUCGAAGGACACGUAGAGGACGAGUCACUGAACCCGUCACUCAUCAGCCUCACAUCAUCCCCGCUGCACCUGGAUGGGGAGUCGCUGACCUCGCCAUCCACCCCGGACCAUUCCGACAUCAGCACAGGGGUCGACGUGGCCCAGCUGAGCGCACUCACUUCCCUGACUCCACCCUCUUCCCCGGAACUGGAGCGCCAUUCUCUCAAGACCCCCCACACUCUGUGUACCACGGCCGACGGGACUCUAAUGCUGAAACUAGCCGUGGCGCGGCCGCUUUCGCCCGGACCCAGCGACAGCGAACAGGCAAUCGUCACCACGGGGGGUAAAGACUCGUCCGACAACAAGAAGAGAGUGCACCGCUGCCAGUUUGAUGGCUGCAGAAAGGUGUACACCAAGAGCUCUCACCUCAAGGCACACCAGAGGACACACACAGGUGAGAAGCCCUACAAGUGCUCAUGGGAAGGCUGCGAGUGGCGUUUUGCACGGAGCGAUGAACUGACGAGACACUACCGCAAACACACGGGUGCCAAACCCUUCAAGUGCGCACACUGUGACAGGUGUUUCUCGCGGUCGGAUCACCUGGCGCUCCACAUGAAAAGGCACGUUUAAGUCAGAGGACGACGUCUCCGAGAGGAAACUGGACACGCGUUCAGAGAGAAGCGAAUCUGAACACUUUUUUUAAACACCCUGACUACAGCCAUGUGCUUUCUCCUGAACUGUACGCCGCACCGUGGGGAAUGUAUUUUAAUUUUCCUUUCGUAACUAGUGCAGAAAACAACCGGUGGAACGUCGACGAACAGGAUCGCACUGCUUUUUUCUACAUCCGUAGUCUUUUUCUGAGCAAGACUCCUGUUUUCAGGCGCAAUUACAGAAACAUUUGCACAAGAGCAGUCGAGGAUCAAAACGGAAAAGAUUUUAAUACUCGAUCUGGGGAUGAAAACCUGGGAUUUGUUAUUGUUAAUGUCCCUGCACACAUCUUGAACUGUGCUGUUUAUUUAUGCUCCUUGUAUUUUUUUCUUUGUUUCCUUUCCUCCAGAAAACUAGCAUGAAAAAAAAACGACGAUGACGACAAGAACAACGCAACGCUAAAAGUAAAAUGUCGAGACGUUCACGAAACAGAAUAUUAGCAUCUCACAACCUUCCUGAAUAAAUAAAAGAGAUAAAUAAAGUGGCGGAGCUGUGUGGGAUAUUUAAGCUCCUGCUCCCGCUGUUCGCUCAUCUGUCACUAGCGUGUACUCUGCCCUUUCUAAUGAACUAAAACGGGGGCCAUCUGACUUCCCCACCCGCUCUCCGGCGUUAGGAUCGUCCUGGCAUCAGGCCGGACUGGUCACAGUUAAUUUCACCGUAACGGAAUAACAAAGGAGCAAGGUCACACACACACAUACACACACACACACACACACACACACUCACAUACACACACACACACAUACGCACAAAUACACACACACACACACGCUCACACAUAAACACACAGAC